UGUGUGGGUGUUCUGCGUGCUGCUGCCGCGGAGGGCUCCCUAGUGCUGCUGCUCUUGGGACAAUUGGGAGGUCUACCAAUUGGUGCAGAUUAAAGCUUUCCACUGAUGAAAAUCGAGUUUUAACCAUACCGCAAAUUAUAUACCUGUUAGAUUAAACCUCUACUAUCAUGAGUUCACCGAUUAAUGUAAAAAAACUGAAGGUAACAGAACUGAAAGAUGAGCUCAAGAAACGUCGUUUGUCAGAUAAGGGCUUGAAGGCCGAGCUUAUGGAGCGGCUACAGGCCGCACUCGAUCAGGAGGAACAGGGAGGCGGUGGAGGUGCCGGUAAAGACGAUAAUGGAAUGGAUGAUACAGAGCCUGAAACAGAGGAUGCAGGACACGGCGAGGAAGAGGAAGAAGAUGAGGAGGAAGAGGAGACCGCGAUGGAGAAGGACGAGGAAGGCGCCAAGGCCGAAUCGGCUGAAAACGAAACAAUAGAUGAGCAAAAGGAAACAGCUGCGCGGGAGGGGGAAGAAAAUGGAGAAGAUCAAGGAUUUCAGGAAGGGGAUGAGGAUAUGGGAGAUGAUGAUGAAAAAGAAGAGCACGAAAAGGAGGAAAAAUCAGAUGAUGGCCAGGAUAAAACUGAAUCUGGAGAAGCAAAGGCAGAACAAAAAACUGGAGAGAAGAAAAAAGGGGUAAAGAGACCAAGAGAGGAUCAUGGAAGAGGAUACUUUGAAUAUAUUGAAGAAAACAAGUACAGUAGGGCUAAAUCUCCCCAGCCACCAGUUGAAGAAGAAGCUGAGGAGUUUGAUGAUACUGCAGUUACCCUUGACACAUAUAAUUCUGACCUACAUUUCAAAAUCUCAAGGGAUCGUUUAAGUGCUUCUUCUCUCACCAUGGAAAGCUUUGCAUUUCUUUGGGCUGGAGGAAAAGGUUCGUAUGGUGUUUCGAAAGGCAAAGUGUGUUUUGAGAUGAAGGUCGCAGAAAAGGUUCCUGUGAAACACUUGUACACCAAAGAUGUUGAUAUCCAUGAAGUUAGAGUGGGGUGGUCUUUGGAAUCCUCUGGCAUGUUGCUUGGUGAAGAAGAGUUUUCAUAUGGGUAUUCUCUAAAGGGCUUGAAGUUCACAAACUGUGAGGGAGAAGAAUAUGGUGAGAAGUUUGAUGAAAAUGAUGUGAUCGGCUGUUUUGCUAACUUUGAUGCUGAUGAAGUGGAGCUCUCUUACUCAAGAAAUGGCAAGGAUCUGGGCACAGCUUUUAAAAUAAAGAAGGAAGACUUGAAUGAAAGGCAUUUGUUUCCUCAUGUGCUUUGUCACAAUUGUGCAAUUGAAGUUAAUUUUGGACAGCGUGAGUCUCCAUUUUUUGAAGUACCUGAGGGCUACAUUUUUCUUCAGAAAGUUCCUUUAGAAGAUCGGAAGAGAGGACCCAAGGGACCAGAGAGCAAAGACGUUUGUGAAAUUAUCAUGAUGGUUGGCUUGCCUGGUGCUGGGAAGACUACUUGGGCUUUAAAACAUGCUGCUGAAAGUCCUGGAAAUUACAACAUUCUUGGGACAAACACAAUCAUGGACAAGAUGAUGGUCAGCAGCUUUAAGAAGCAGAUGGCUGAGGCUGGAAAACUUAACACUUUAUUUCAGCGAGCUCCACAGUGUCUUAGCAAAUUCAUUGAAAUUGCUGCUCGCAAAAAGCGUAGCUUCAUACUAGAUCAGACAAACGUUUCUACAGCUGCCCAGAGGAGAAAGAUGUGCCUCUUUGCAGGUUACCAGCGCAAAGCAGUUGUGGUUUGCCCAUCUGAUGAGGAGUAUAAACAGAGAACACAGAAGAAAGCGGAGACUGAAGGAAAAGAUCUUCCAGAGCAUGCGGUCCUCAAAAUGAAAGCAAAUUUUACUUUACCAGAAACUGGAGAGUAUUUUGAUGAGGUGCUUUACGUGGAACUUCAAAAAGAAGACUCCGCCAAACUGCUGGAACAGUACAAGGAAGAAAGCAAAGCUGCACUGCCACCAGAGAAAAAACAAAACACUGUUCAAGGACAGAAAAAAAGCAAUAAGGGGAAAAAGAAUCAAUUUAAAGGUGGGCAGAGAGGACGUGGUGGUGGAUAUCCUGCACGUGGUGGGUUCAGAGGAGGUCCUGGAGGAAACCGGGGUCCUGGAGGAAACCGUGGUGGAUUUAACAGAAGAGGUGGUUAUAUGCCACAGAGAGGAGGUGGUGGUGGAGGUGGCAGUGGAUAUCCUUAUAUGCGAGGAGGUGGUGGCGGUGGAUAUCCCAGCAGAGGGGGCUAUGUACCUAGAGGGAGCUCCAACAGAGGAAACUACAACACAGGUGGUGUAAUGCCUAGCAGAGGGAACUACAGUCAGAAUUUCAGAGGAAGAGGAAACAAUCGUGGAUACAAGCAGCAGUCUCAGGGCUAUAGCCAGUGGCAGCAGAGACAACCACCGUUCUGGGUUCAACAGCCAUGGAGCCAGCAGUACCAAGGAUACUAUUGAUUGCCCCUUCCCAAAAUUAUGAACUGAUGCAUAAAUUUUUUCAAACCUUCACAUGAAGCAGACUGUUUUUCUUUUUAGUCUAAUCUUUUUAAAAACAUUCCACAAGAGGAAGUGCCUGCAGGUUCUUGGUUUUUUAGACGCGUUAUGAGUUGAUUUUCAUUUUCUUUUUUUCUUUUAUUUUUGUAUAUUUUUAAUUGCAGUUUUAAUGUGGAGUUUCAAGAACCUCAGCAUUGUGCACGAGAAAAUGUCAGUAUUUCAGGGUUCUGCAUUUUAUCUGUAAAAUGUAAUUUUUACUAGUAAAAAGAGCGAUGUUACUUUGUA